AUGGUGGGCCCUUCACCCCAACGGCCCCGCGGGAGGGACAAACUCGACUCUGAGGGCUCCCGCCCAAGAUGGCCGGCCCUUCACCCCAACGGCCCCGCGGGAGACAAUCUCGAUUCUGAGGGCUCCCACCCAAGAUGGUGGGCCCUUCACCCCAACGGCCCCGCGGGAGAGACAAACUCGACUCUGAGGGCUCCCGCCCAAGAUGUCCGGCCCUUCACCCCAACGGCCCCGCGGGAGGGACAAACUCGAUUCUGCGGGCUCCCGCCCAAGAUGUCCGGCCCCUCACCCCAACGGCCCCGCGGGACGGACAAACUCGACCCUGAGGGCUCCCGCCCAAGAUGGCUGGCCCCGUGGAGGGGCCAAACUCGACUGUGCGGGCUCCCGCCCAAGAUGUCCGGCCCCUCCCCCUCGGCCCACCUGGUCUCCGGCCCCUCGGCGCCCGCGGCCUCACGUGCUAACUGUGGUGGCUCCCCGCCGCCGGCUUCUCCCGGACGUGGCGGCUCCUCCUCAGGGACCCGGCUCCUCCUCGACGCCUCAGCCACACCCGGCUCCGCCGGCCCGACCGUCGCCUUGCUUUUCCCGCGCAAAGGGCUCCUCCCCGGCCCGGCCCGGCCCCGCCCCCCGGGCCCCGCGCGCCACUUCCACCCUCCUCCUGACAACGGCCGCCCCACCGCCCCCUACCGGCCGCCGGCCGCCAUGGCCCUCUCCCUGCCUUUCCCCCUCCAGCCGCACGGUGGCACGCCGCCCUCGGAAGCCCCAGCGCUCCCUGCCGCCCCCUACCGCCCAGAGCAGCGCCUCCCCAGAGCAAGCCCCGCCCCAGGGCCCCGCUCAGCAACCACGUUCCUCAGCCAGUCGAUCGAUGCCUUAUAG